AUACGGUGCGGAACGGGGAGAAUAAAAGUACAGUUCAUCACAAUAAUUGCGCUACCAAUAUAAUGAUGGAUGCGCGUUAAUUAAAUUUAGGUAAAAAAUUCGGGGAAUGUCCCCCGAUCGCGGUUUUCGGUAAACGCUAUUGGCGAUGUUGUCGAUUAGUUGGAUUAAUUAAGAUCGACGUCUCCGAUAAAAAUGAUAACACAGUUUAAUGGUGUAACGUUGGUCGAACUGUCGGAAAAUUCAUAUCGCGAACAGGUGUUUUGGAAUGAAAUGAGGUAGCAUUCGAGAGAGGGGACCAAACAGCAGUCGUUCUCACGUAUUCCGGUAGCUCUGGCGCGUUUCGCUAGAAAUCCUCAGUCAGUACUUAGUCUGAUUCGGCGGCAUCUACUUCCAAAACAAUUCAAUCCUAAAUGAACCGGUAGCUUUUCACUCAUAACCAUAAAAAAUGCAAACAUGUGAAAUUGUAAACAGUCAGUGCAGGACCCGGGGAGUGCAGUGUUGGAUUUAAACCAAAUUUUCAGCAUGCCUCACCAAUACGGCCUCCCGGGAAUCGCUCACGCACAGUCGCCUCCGACACCACCCCCUCAACAUGGGGCAAUGUAUUCCAGAUUCACCGGUGCGGUCGUACCGGGCGGCUACCGAGGCGAAGGCCGGAAACUUACACGGGAAGCGAUGGAACGUUACCUCAGGGAAAGAUCCGACAUGGUCGUAGUCAUUCUGCACGCCAAGGUAGCCCAAAAGUCCUACGGCAAUGAGAAACGAUUCUUCUGCCCACCACCCUGUAUAUACCUAUUCGGAGACGGCUGGCGGCUGAGACAGGAACAGAUGCUACGCGAGGGCGAAUCCGAGCAGGCGGCACAGCUCUGCGCCUUCAUCGGCAUCGGCAAUUCCGACCAAGACAUGCAACAGCUCGACUUAAACAACGGCAAGCAGUAUUGUGCAGCGAAAACCCUAUACAUCUCCGACUCGGAUAAACGUAAGCACUUCAUGUUGUCGGUGAAAAUGUUUUACGGCUCCGGACACGAUAUCGGCGUAUUCCAUAGUAAACGUAUAAAAGUUAUUUCGAAACCUUCUAAGAAAAAACAGUCAUUAAAAAACGCUGAUCUGUGUAUAGCCAGUGGCACGAAAGUUGCACUGUUUAAUCGAUUAAGAUCACAGACAGUGUCGACCAGAUAUUUGCACGUCGAAAACGGACAUUUCCAUGCCAGUUCUACGCAAUGGGGCGCUUUCACAAUUCACUUAUUGGACGAUAACGAGUCGGAAAGUGAAGAGUUUCAGGUUCGAGACGGAUACAUUCAUUAUGGGGCCACUGUCAAAUUGGUUUGCUCCGUUACCGGAAUGGCGUUACCACGAUUAAUUAUUCGAAAGGUGGAUAAGCAGCAAGCGUUGCUGGAAGCGGACGAUCCUGUUUCUCAGCUACACAAAUGCGCUUUCUUCAUGAAGGACACGGAACGUAUGUACUUGUGCCUCUCCCAAGAACGAAUCAUUCAAUUCCAAGCGACCCCAUGUCCCAAGGAACCGAACAAGGAGAUGAUCAACGACGGUGCGUGUUGGACCAUCAUUUCCACCGACAAGGCGGAGUACCAAUUUUACGAAGGUAUGGGUCCGGUGCGAAACCCGGUAACCCCCGUGCCGUUAGUUCACAGCCUCCACUUAAACGGAGGGGGCGACGUUGCCAUGUUAGAGUUAACCGGUGAUAAUUUCUCGCCGUCUCUGCAAGUCUGGUUCGGGGACGUCGAGGCGGAGACGAUGUACAGAUGUCAGGAGUCGAUGCUGUGCGUUGUGCCCGAUAUUUCGCAAUUUCGCGGCGAGUGGUUGUGGGUUCGGCAACCCACGCAGGUACCCGUUUCGUUAGUGAGGAAUGACGGAAUUAUAUACGCUACGGGAUUGACGUUUACAUAUACGCCCGAGCCGGGUCCUAGGCCUCAUUGUCCGCCGGCGGAUGAGAUUAUGCAUCGACCAGGUCGUGGUAAUGCGGCGCCUACUGCUGCUGUCACCAUGACUCAGUCCGAUACGUCUGUUUGGAAUCAAGCAGGCAUGCACUAAUUUUAAUAGAGUAACAUACUAUACAAGAAAAACUUGCCGUAUUGACAUCUUCGUCACAUUAAAUGUGAGUGCUUUUAAUUCUAUCUUUGUUUUUGUCAAAAUGAAUCGUGUGAUAAUGAAUAAGGAGUAAUUUAUCUAAAGAAUGAAGAUAGCACACUGAAAUAAAGUGGUUUUUCUUGUAUUGUAUGUGAUUUUACUUAUUUUGGUAGUUCCAAAAAGAAGUCCGCUCAAGUAGGAAUGACUACUGGGAUUAUCUCGCUAAAUCGUAUCACUACCAAAGUAUUUACUGAUCUGGCAAUUAAGCUAACAGCCCGAAAAUAAGCGAAAGCCUGCUUCGUUUUAUUUCCGAUCGUUGUAAUUGAAUCUGCUCAAAAGUUUUAGAAUGUAAUCGUCUUUUUAAUUGUAAUUUCUUGUAAUUUUCGAAUAUAUUCGCAGCGGUAUUAUUUUUGUAAAAUUUUUAGUAACUCAAAAGGAACAAUGAUCUUUUAGUAGUGAGAUUUUUGCAAGUGCAAUUUAAAAGUAUUUUUAUCUAAAAUUUGCCCUAUAGGAAUUACAAGUCAAUUUCUGCAUUUACAUUGCUAGUAUGUGUAUUAAUUGUUCAACAAAUUUUUCGAAUGUAUUAUAAGUUCUUCACUUGUGCCCUUUAGUCAUGGUAUUUUUAACUGAGACCAAAGUUGAACGCUAGAAGGUUUUGUGUUAGUUGUGUGUGUCCUCCAGUUGUUUGUAUAAAUCAAAAUGUGGAUAUGUUAGAAGCGUGCUUGUAGAGUAUGCUGUAUGCACAACGAAAAGUUCUAUAUUUAGAAGACUUGUAUAUAAUUAAUUUAAGUAUAUAAAGAUAUAUAUGACAUAUCUGUACAUGACACAUUUUGUAGAAAUAUAAAGAAUUCCUUAUA